CGCGCAAACCCUCAUGUGACCCAAGAUGAAGGGAAGCUCGCCCGGCCCUGCCUAGUCUUGAUGGCCGUCUGCAGCUUCGCCUCGGUUUCCGGCCCGGUUUCUUCUCUUUGCUGACUGCUUGUCGGCUUGCACUCGACUUUGCACCCAUUCUGACGAACUGCGUGCAUCCCGCGGGUCCUGACCUGACUCGCGGGUCUGAUAAGGGGAGCCAAAGAGAAAGAAGUCUCCGUCCAUCUCUUCUCUUCCUCUCUGUAGGAAGAGGGGAGGAGAGAAAGAAUGUAAUGGAGGAAUUGCAAACGAUUUUUCUUCAGAUUGUUUUGACAACUGUAUAAACCUGCACUGAAAAAAUACGACCUUCCUCCUCUUCGCCAUGUUGGACUUCUUAGCGGAAAAUAAUCUUUGUGGACAAGCCAUUCUUCGGAUCGUGUCUUGUGGAAAUGCUAUCAUUGCUGAAUUGCUGAGACUGUCCGAAUUUGUCCCUCCUGUAUUCCGCCUCAAAGACAAAAGCGAUCAACAAAAAUAUGGAGAUAUCAUAUUUGAUUUCAGCUACUUCAAAGGGCCUGAAUUGUGUGAAGGGAAACUAGAAGCCAAACCUGAACUGCAAGAUUUAGAUGAUGAAUUUCGUGAAAACAACAUAGAAAUUUUAACCAGAUUUUAUUUGGCUUUCCAAAGUGUUCAUAAAUAUAUUGUUGAUUUAAGCAGAUAUCUGGAUGAUCUCAAUGAAGGGAUUUACAUUCAGCAAACUCUGGAAACAGUGCUGCUGAAUGAGGAUGGAAAACAGCUAUUGUGUGAAGCCCUUUAUUUGUAUGGUGUCAUGCUCCUUGUCAUUGAUCAGAAAAUUGAAGGGGAAGUCCGAGAGAGAAUGCUUGUUUCCUAUUAUCGAUACAGUGCUGCUCGCUCUGCUGACUCCAAUAUGGAUGAUAUAUGUAAGCUGCUUCGGAGCACGGGGUAUUCAAGUCAACCCGGAGCUAAAAGGCCCGCAAACUAUCCCGAGAGUUACUUCAGCAGGGUGCCCAUCAACAAAAUAUUUAUCAGCAUGGUGAUUGGCCGCUUGAGGUCAGAUGAUAUCUACAACCAGGUUUCUGCAUAUCCAUUGCCGGAACAUCGCAGCACAGCUCUGGCGACGCAGGCAGCUAUGUUGUACGUGACUCUUUACUUCGACCCCUCCAUCCUUCACACCCAACAAGCCAAGAUGAGAGAAAUAGUAGAUAAAUAUUUUCCAGACAACUGGGUUAUUAGCAUCUACAUGGGAAUAUCGGUCAAUCUGGGAGAAGCCUGGGAGCCGUAUAAGGCUGCCAAAACCGCCCUGAACUACACAUUGGAUCUUUCCAACGUUAAGGAGCAG